ACAGCAGCAAAACAGGAUCCCCAGGGGAGGUCACAGCCCCCUUGACAUUGUGGGGAACACGUUGCGCUUCAUGGCCAAGCUCCUGAGCAUGGCCACUUUCGUGAGGCUCCUGGUGGCCGAAGCCGAGAGAAGGGUCUCCUUGUUCUUCAAAGCGGAGGAGGCCCAGGAAGUCCCCAGUUUUUUCCUGGACAAGCCCCAGACGGAGAAACUUCUGGAGGAAGGAGAGGUGGGCGGCUUGAGGUACGGCCUGGGCUCCAUGCAAGGCUGGCGGGCGCACAUGGAAGACGCCCACACAGCUCAGCCUCAGCUGCCCGGAGCCCUGGCCGGCUGGGCCUUCUUUGCCGUGUACGACGGGCACGCGGGCAGCACGGUGGCUCAGUUCUGCGCCAGGCACUUGCUCGGGCAUGUGCUGGAGGCCGAGGCCCUGUCCGGCCAGGAGGAGGACCCCGCAGCCGUCAAGGAGGCCGUGCGCGAGGCCUUCCUGGCCAUCGACAGGCGCAUGCAGGACCUGUCACGGGCCGAGGCCUGGGAGCACGCUGGCACCACCGCCGUGGCCGUGCUGGUGUCGCCCCGCCACCUGUACUUCAUCAACCUGGGCGACUCGAGGGCCCUCCUCUGCCGCUCGGCCGCCGUCACCUUCUACACCGACGACCACAAGCCCACCAAGCCGAGGGAGCGGCGGCGCAUCGAGAACGCCGGCGGCACGGUGGUGCUGCAGAGGGUCAACGGGUCGCUGGCCGUCUCCCGGGCCCUGGGCGACUUCGGCUACAAGGCCGUGUCUUGGCGUGGCCCCACCGAGCAGCCGGUGUCCCCCGAGCCCGAGGUCUACCAGCUGGAGCGCUGCCCCGAUGCAGACGAGUUCCUGGUGCUGGCCUGCGAUGGGGUUUGGGAUACCUUUGACAACGCGGGGCUGUGCGCCUUCGUGCGAUCGCGACUCUGCCUCACCGGCAGCCCGCGGGACGUCUGCGAGUGCGUGCUGGACUCCUGCCUCUACAAGGGCAGCCGUGACAACAUGACCUGCAUCGUGGUCUGCUUCCCAGCUGCCCCGGGCGUCUCCCAGGAGGCCUUGCAAAAGGAGCAGGAGCUGGACGCUUCCCUGGAGAAGAGGGUGGCAGAGCUUUACGAUGAACUACUGGAACAGGAAGGGGGUCCCAACCUCGUCUCCGUCUUCCAACGUCUGGCUACAGAAGCGAACCCUAACCUUCCCCCUGGGGGAGGCCUGGCUAGCAAGAGAGCUGUGAUCAUGGAGGCUUAUCAGCGGGCGAAGCAGAGUCGCGAGGAGCAAGAAGUCCCGGCCCCCAGUGCGAAUGCUGCCUCGGAUUGAACGGUCUGCUGUGCAGGUUGGAACACGGAUGCCAAGACAUCAUUUUUGCAGACUGGGGAAGCAAAUCUGACCGGGAUUUCUGGGCAAACUUAGGAAGCUGGACGGCAAUGGAUGGGGUGGGGCGAGUCGGAUUGAGGCCACAACAGCCCCCUUUCCUCACCGCCACCAGGGUGGAAAACACCAUCUGGAGUGAGCGGAACAGCUGGCACUCAAGGCAAAGGCAGUCCAUGUUAGAACAGAUCAUGUAUUUUAUUUCUUGCCUGGACAUAAGUUUUGCUUUCUUUCUUUUUUUUGGAAUUUGCAUUUUAUCUAUUUGUUAACAUUCUUAUAUUACAUCGGUAAACGUUGUCAUAUUACGUUACAGGACUUACUACAAUAUAAUUUCCAACAUGUAUACGAAAAUUAUAUACAAAUUUUAUAUACCUAGAAAGAAAAUGAAACAAAAAAA